AUCUAAAAUGAAAAAGAGUAAAGCGUUCCGAUUUUCUGCAAAGAAGAAAGAAAAGGAUGAAAAGAAAGAAAAAGAACCGAAAAAAGAUGAAAGAGAUAAAGAAAAAAAGAAAGACGAUAAAGAAGGGAAAAAAUUAAAAUUGAAAACGAAGAAGAAAUCAAAGCAUUUACAUGUACACGAGGAGCCAACAAAGGAAGCUGCUAUGGAAGUUGAGAAGCCCAUAUUUGGUGUUCCACUUGCGGUUGCUGUGGAGAGGAACCGUAGCCAUGAUGGUAUAGAGCUGCCAGCUCUAUUUAGAGACUGUGUAGAUUAUAUAGAGGAGCAUGGCCUCCUGUGUGAGGGUAUAUACAGGAUAUCUGGUGUGAAGUCUAAGGUUCAGAUGCUGAAGGACUGUUAUAACAGACAGAACCCUGUAUACCUGGAGGAACAUGAACCUAACAUUGUAGCGAGCUUACUAAAGACAUUCCUACGUGAACUCCCUGAGCCUGUCCUCACCACCAGUCUGAUGCCAAAGUUUGAGGAAGCUUCAGUUAUAAAGAAUGAGCGUCGUCGCCUGGAACAGUUCAGUAAACUGGUAUCUGAUCUCCCUACAUGUAAUAGACUCCUCCUAUCCUGGGUCAUAGUUCACAUGAUGCAUGUCAUAGAGCGGCAAAAGGAGAAUAAGAUGACACUACAGAACGUCUCCAUCGUCCUCAGUCCCACCAUGCAGAUUAGUCAUCGAGUUCUCAAUGUCCUCUUUUCUCUUGCUAAACAACUCUUCAAGGAUGUGCAACUCAAACGGUAUAAACCUCCUUUGCGCCCGACAACAUCAAAAUGGUCGCUGGAACUCCCUGACAACCCUGCUGGUCUGGAAGAAGAGCUAGCUAAACAAGAGUCACUUCUGAAUGCCCUUCACCAAGAGGUCGCUGGGGUCAAGGAUGCAGACAAAGAGGAACAACUCUGGGAGGUACAACGUGUUGUCACAGAACUGAAAAGAAAGAUCAAAUUUGCCAAGAAAGCUGUAGAUUCUGAGAAGAGAAGACGAGAAAAAGAAGAGUUCAGAAGAUCUCACACUGAAAAUGAUGACAUGGUUUUAAGACUGGAACUGAGGGAGGCUCCUGUAAAGAAACAAGCCCCACUUCCUCCAAAUGGUGACACAACCAAUGAAAAUCCUCCAUCUGUUGAAUCAGCCAGUGAAACGGCUCAUGUACCUAAGGGAGAAAUCCAGAUUUGUCCAUCACCGCCUACAGCAGAGAAAACUACCAAUAAAAAAGGAGAAAACCAGGAAAAAGAUGGACAAACUGUGGUCAGUGAUGAGUCUGGUGCCACAUUAGAGAGCGGAGCCCCACAGGAUACCAAACCUAAGGAAGAGGAGGAGGAAGGCGAUGGCUGUGUUACACCAGUCAAUGUUAUUGAUACACCACAAACAGAUACAGGUGUGACUGCAACACAGGAGAGUAACACCAAGGGAGACAACUUUCCUUCAGUUUCUGCAGAGGUUGAACAUCAUGAAGAUGAAGAUACUUUUGAACAACAAGUAGAAGACAUUUUAGAACGGGAAAAGGGAGAAACGGAUAAAGGUUCCAGUGAUGAAGAAAUGACAUCAUUAAAACAAACAAGUGACAUUGUUAAAACUUCUGAGGUCUCAGGUCAUGAGGGCACUGUUGGUAAUGUUGAGGAUCAGAAUAAAAUAGAUUCAAGGGAUGGAGAUCAAAAGGUCUCCGACGCUGAUGUUGAUGACACAGGUAUGGAGGAUUCAGGUGUACUGACCCCAACAAUGCACGAAGAAAAAGAUAUGGAAGUAGAAGAUGACAAAAGUAAAGGUGUGAUAACGAGGACAGGUGAGGAUGUCCUGGAGGAGAAUAGAACAAUGACUGAACCUAUUACUGCAACAAAGACUCGGGAAGAGAUUGAAAGAGAGGCUGCUGCUCUAGAGGAGGAAAUCAUAAACCGAUGUAAAGAGGAUGUUGCAGAAUUUGAACAACCAAGGGAGGUAAUCCUUUUGGAAGAGGAUGUUCUAAGUGAAGAAGAUGAGGAGAUUAUCAAGUUACAGGAACAGGACACAGCCCUGAGACUGGAGGAGGAGGAGCUGCUGGCUAUAGAGAGUGAAUUGAGGAAAAAGAUUGAGACGGAGCGAGGUGAGAUUGAACGUCUUGACCAGGAGAUCACAGAGUUACAAUACCUAAGACACGACUCCGAUCUCGAGGAUAUGUCUUCUAGCUCUGACAGUAGUUAUGAGAGUGAGGAUGAAGAGGACCUACAAGAAAUACUCAAUCAGCUCAUCACAGAAAACGAAGAGCUUGAGAAGCAAAAUUCAAAAAUGUGUUCCCAAAUUCAUGAAGAAAGAAUGAUUUGUCUUGAGGUCAAAGUUCAAAUUGGGAUGAUUCAACAGAAACAGCUGGAGAGUUCUAUGGGAAGUGAAUCUCUUCUGGAGAGAGAUCUGCUGUUAUUUUAAACUCAUGCUAAACUGUAGUAUUCCUGUAUAUGUGGACCAGUUUGGUGUUGGAUCACUUUGGAUGACAGAUAAAACUGACAUUAAAUAACACGACCAGCAUCUGAAUCAGGAAAAUUAGUUUAAGAUUUCAGUCCUGGUCAUUUUUUAGUUUCUAGCAGUGACUGGUCAGACCACAUUUAUCUGUUAAUGAUGGAGGUUAUUAGUAUGCUUCCUGGCCAGCCUGGAGAAAAAUAAUUCAAGGACCUGUUAUUAAACCUCAAUGUGACAUAAAAUGUUUCAGGAGUAAGAAAACAUACAGUAUGUAGAGGAGACAUGUAUGUUACUCAAUCACAGAUAUCUGUUUAGGUUUAAUCCUGUGUCUGGUUACAAACCCACCUGUAGGCACAUAAAUAGUACCAUAUUGUUUUUUAAUAACCAUACCCACCUAAUUUGCAUUAGAGGUUUUCCAAUACAACAUCUAUUUGGUUUCUUGCGUAUUUCUUCUUAGCAAAUAAUGAACUGAAUUCUACAAGUGGUACAUUUUACAUAAAACUUGAACUAAAGUUUUUUCUGAAAUAACUUUAACAAAACCUGAAAUCCUCAGGAGGGAUAGAUGUUUUACUGGAAAAGCACUUAAAUGAUGUAUUAAAUUUCUUAGUUUAUUACAGGAUAAAUCCAGCUGAAUAUUUCCUGAUAUGAAAACUUUGUUAAUUAAUUUAAAAUCUGGCUGAAGAGAUGCUGUUACAUGAAAUAAUAAUAACAACAGAAUGAUCACAUGGACACCAGGAAUACAGAAUAUGUUUAAAAUACUUAGUUAAUUCAGGUAGUAAUGCUCAAGGGUACAAGCCACUGAGAAUUACACAUACUUGUCUCACGUUGAUUGUGUCUAGAUCUUGCCUAUCUGCCGCAUUUAAUGAGAUACAAGAAUUUGUCCAUGUCUUUCUCAUGUCUUCAUCAGGGAUCUAACCCUGGACCUCUGCUUACAAUCAACAAGUUUUAUGUUCUACAGACUAGGCUGUUACAGAACUGAUUUCAUUAUUUUCAAUAUUAUUACCCAUCUGAACCCCCAAACAGAUUGAAAUAGUCACAUGAUAACAAUAGCUUCUUAAUUCUUGAUCCAGAGGUAGGGGGUACUUCAUGUACUGUACACCCCCUUGUGUCUAUAGAAUUCAAUAGUUAAAAUGCAAGAGACAGGUUUUGUGCCAUAUGUCACAUCACAACAGUCUAGAGUUCCAAACAGGGGAGAUAAAUUCCCAUGUUUUCAUUACAUUAUCCUAUAUACCAGAUGCUUCUGGUAUAACUUUGUGCAAUAAAAGUUAUCAUGAAUGCUAUUUUUGAUAGUUUGGUGCGGUCAUUAAGCUUAACGCAAUACAGAUGUAAGACCUAAUAACCCAAUACAGACGUAAGACCUAAUAACCCAAUACAGACAUAAGACCUAAUAACCCAAUACAGAUGUAAGACCUAAUAACCCAAUACAGAUGUAAGACCCAAUAACCCAAUACAGAUGUAAGACCCAAUAACCCAAUACAGACGUAAGACCUAAUAACCCAAUACAG